AGGGAGGGAGAAGUGAAGGGAGAGAGAAACGGUGGCUAACGUUUCAGUAAGGCGCACUGGCGGCAGACCUGCAGCACACACUGCGACCACUUCGGAGAGAGGAGCAACCAAUUUACGGGACAAGAGUGGAAUUGAGAUGACAACCUGUCCAUCUCGAUGCAUCAAUAUCAUCAGGAACAUUUUAGACUGAUGGGAUGUUCCAAAAUGCAUUUAUUUCCAAGUCUACUCAAGUUGCUCACGUCUCAGUAAGAACAUUUAUUUCAAACACGUUGAAAACUUGCGACAAAGCCCAAUUUUGCAAGCUGCCAAGAUUUUCCAACUAGUUUUCUUCUUCCAGAUGAGUUUAGUGAUUUUAAAGUGGAUAAAAAGAUAAUUUGAGGUCUAAAAUGGAGAUAGAGCAGAAAUGGACAGAGGCUAGAAAAAUGAGCCAAAAGCUACAGAAGAACCCUUCUAAAAAGCUGAUGUGGGACAACUGGAGAGAUUUUUCUUCUGUUACACUUUGCAUUGCAUUAGGUCUGCUAAGUGUUGGAGUAGUUUUUGUACGAAUGACAGCCUUGCAGUCAAGGAUAGUAAGUCUUGAGCAGCAACACUUAUCUCCCUGGAUGAUGUCCCUGGAGCAGUUGGAACCCGUUAUUUUGGACAGACUGGACCAAAUACUGGAGAAGAAGCUUGCAGCGCAAUUACCAAAGAUGCGAGAAGUGAGGGAGGCACCUUCCAGCUGCUUGUGUCCACCAGGACCUCCAGUAAGUAGACAAGACACCUUGUGUGAUCCAUGUGGGGGAGCACCAGGAGAACCAGGUCUGUCUAUCAUUGGACCAAGAGGACCUCCGGGUCAACCUGGGACAAGAGGAUUUCCAGGCUUUCCAGGUCCAAUUGGGCUGGAUGGCAAGCAUGGACAGAAUGGGGCCAAGGGAGACAUGGGUCAGCGUGGCCUUAAAGGACUUCCUGGAGAACCUGGACCUAAAGGAGAGAAGGGUGUUUGUGGCGACUACACACAUCGGAGCCUAUUUGUGCAGGAUCUUCCCCUGAAAACCUUGGGUGCCUUGCGCUCCAGGCAACCACUGAUGUUAAAGCAGGGUGACCCAGGAGCGCAGGGCCCCCCAGGACCACCAGGGCCACCUGGUCUUCCUGGGAGCCCAGGUCAGAACGGAGCCAAUGGCUCACCGGGAAAGCCAGGGGAACCAGGAAAACCUGGAAAAGACCCAAGACUCUUACCAGGACUGAAGGGCGAACAAGGUUUACCAGGACAGAAGGGUGAUCGAGGGGAUGUUGGUCCAAAGGGUCCUGACGGCCUAAAGGGAGAAAAGGGAGAGGCUAUUACUUCAACAUUUGGAAUUAAAGGAGAACCCGGUUCACCAGGAGUGCCAGGCCUAAUGGGAACUAAGGGUGAAAAGGGUGAUCAAGGAAAGCAGGGAGAAGCAGGCCCUGAAGGCCCAGCUGGACCAAGAGGCCCGCCAGGACCAACUGGGGAACCAGGAAAGGCUGAACUUCAUAACAAUGAAAAUGAUAUUCGCAACAUACAUCUUAUGGGCCCCCCUGGAUUACCUGGACCUCCAGGGCCUCCGGGAUUCACUGGGGCAAAAGGGGAAGUUGGCCUCCCAGGUCCCCCGGGGCUUGAUGGAGAGAAGGGCAUGAAAGGUGAGCCUGCAGCAGGAGGAAGGUCAGAGCUGCUCUAUGGUCCUCCAGGUCCCCCAGGACCAUCAGGACCAGUUGGCCCAGCAGGAUUGCAAGGGCCUUCUGGGCCAAAGGGAGAGCCAGGGCUCGGCCUCAGGGGAGAAAAGGGAGCAAUAGGUCAGAAGGGUGACAAGGGAGACAGAGGUCAUCUUGGACUGCCUUUUAUCCUCUACAUAACACAUCCUCGGCCAAGACUUCAAAAGAAGCAUCUGACUCAUCUCCAAUCUGAAAAAUGUCUAUUGUGGCUAACUUUGGUGGAUCACUGUCGAACUCAUCAUUGAUGACUUGGUACAGUUCCGGUUCCUCUUGCAUUGCAUCAUGAACAUUCCAUCUUGCUCCCACUGCAUGUUAUCCUCUGUGCCAUCAAUGGCGUUUGUGAGGAAACAUUUUUCAGGGUUCUUACGGGUCAGGGAAUUUCUGAAAUAUCAUUGGAAGAAACGUUGACUUUUCCAGGUCUUGGAAAGUCCGAUAAAUAAAAAAAUAUUUGGCUUUGGUCAGGGAAUGUCACGGGAUUUCCAGUCAAUGUGACUUGAGGGGCAUGAUCACACUUGGAAAUCUCACAGUCGAGCACGAAAAAUCACGCAUGUAAAAUUUAGAAUAGAAAUACAUAGACAUUCUCAGCGAACAUGAAAACCAAUCCAGGGCAGUGAACCACAGGCUGACUUUUUUUUUUCUCCUCAACAUGGAAGCACAAGGUCUCCUGGUAGUUUACCUGACGCCGCCCCCCAUCGGCUCUUAAAGGGGUACACUCAUAAUUACAAACACCGUCCACCCACACAGUCGGGAUAACGUUGAUCAAAGUGAGUUAAACACGCUGCUUUUGUUUACUCUCGAUAAUAAUGGUAAAAGUAAAAUAAAAAACAAGCGAGAUUUAAUGCCCUGAUUUAUGCAAGUUGGAUUACACUGUGGUACAGUAAAUAUAGAUUACAAGAUCUAGUAUUCCAAGUUACAACACGAAGAAUUUGUAUGCAUCUAGACUUUUAUACGCUUUCAAACUCUUCUGUGUAAAUAUUGUUGGAGGCCGCUUUUUUCUUCCGGGUGUUCGUUUAAUUUCAGAUAGUGAGAAUGUUGGUUAUCCAAAUAAAAUCUGGAGAUGAUGAACAGUUUCUUCGAAGAAUUUACUGACAGAAUAUUCCGGGCACUUAUGAGUUACAGACAAUGGCUGUAGAAAGCAGAUCAGAAGUGCGAAGAUACAGAGAAAGCACACAUCCUUUGUCUUGUCAGAAGGGCGGACUUAUGGGUGGUAUCAAACCUGCGGGAUUGGGGCUUUCCACUUAGACAAAGGGUUCCUGUCUCAACCGGUUCUAGCUGGCAAUGGAUUAUUACAACGUGUCCAGUAUGCAAUUCAUCAAGGUUAGCCUACAUGCAGAGAUGUGCUCAAGGACACAUCUGGCUACAGAGCUCCAGUGAGGACAUGAGGAAAUUCUGCUGUCAUGACGAAAUAUGGGCAUAUCACAGACUUCAAUAUC